AUGGAUUUUUUCUUGAUAAUCUCAAUCGUAUCAAUAUUAACUUUGUCAUCGAUAAAUGCAAUAGCUAUUGAUGAUUUCCAUUGUAAAGUUCCGACAUGUCGAGAUUUUCAUUAUGGUUUAAUAAAGCAUCCGCACCACAAACAUUAUGUUGAUGUAUGUUAUGAUACUGUAUAUGCUUUACAAGGUAUUCCAGCAAAAUAUGGUAAAUGUAUUGAUAAUAACACAGGAAAACUACAUCCACCUUGCAUUUAUGCAUUAGCUAAUACAAUAAAAAGCUGUAUAACAGAAUUGAAUGGAUUACCUGAAAAUAUAGCUAAGUAUUAUUGUGGAUAUACACUUAUGAAAUAUUGUGCAAUACAUCUUGGUCUUGAUCACUUUCCUCUCAAGCUAGAUUAUAAGAUAUAG